ACAACCAUCUUGAACAAACACCUCCAGAGUCUGAUGGAUGGUUUGACUGCCAAAGUGUUCAGGACCUACAAUGCCUCCAUCACCCUGCAGGAACAGCUCAAAGCACUCACCAACUCUGAAGACAAUGUUGCGGGAAAGCUGCUCUCCUACAACCGAGCUAACCGAGCUGUGGCCAUCCUGUGCAACCAUCAGAGGUCCCCACCAAAAACCUUUGAGAAGUCCAUGCAAAACCUCCAGACUAAGAUUGAUGCCAAGAAGCAACAGGUGGAGGAAGCCCAGCAAGAGCUGAAAAAAGCCGAAGAUGAAUUCAAAGAAACUAAAGAUGCCAAAGCAGAAGCUAACGUGGAGAAGAAGAAGAAGCUAUUGAAGCGGCUGGAAGAGCAGCUGUCCAAGUUGAACAUCCAGGCCACGGAUAAGGAGGAGAACAAGCAGAUAGCUCUGGGCACAUCCAAGCUGAAUUACCUGGACCCCAGAAUUACUAUAGCUUGGUGCAAGAAGUUUGGUGUGCCCAUUGAGAAGGUCUACAACAAGACGCACAGGGAGAAGUUUGCCUGGGCGAUCGACAUGGCCGAUGAGAACUUUGAAUUCUGA